AGGUUGCCAGGGAACACAACAGCAAGGUGCUUAAAUGUUGAGUCCUCUGAAAGCGUUGACUGCUUGUAUCCAUUCUAGCAGCUCAUCAUCACAAUCUGUGGACUCUUCUACCCCGUCCGAGGGUCCAUCGUCGCAGUCUGUGGCUGAAGGCACAUCAUCACAGUCUAUAGCUGCUACUACCCUGUCUGGAGCCACAUCAUCCCUGUCUGCAGCUGUUCUUCCCCCAUCUGGAGGCUCGUCCUCACAGUCUGUAGCUGCUUGCAGCCAGUCUCAGAACUCAUUGACGCAGUCUGUGGCUGUUCCUGCCUCAUCUGGAGGCGCAUCCUCACAGUCCGUGACUGCUCAUACCCAAUCUCAGGACUCACUGCCACAGCCCGUUGCCACUCCUACCCCACCUGGAGGCUCAGCGACACCAUCUUUGGCUGCUUCUGCUGCCUCGUAUGGAGGCACUUCGUCACAGUUUUUGACCGUUCCUUCCACGUACGGAAACACACCGUCACAAUUCCUGACUCUUCCUGCCGAAGGCGUAUCACUGGAGAAAGAGGCAAGACAGGAAUUGAGGGGUUGGGAAACAGGAAUGAGUAUAUGGGCUCAGGAUGCGCGUAAGGGAAUCGAUGAGUGGAGUGAGAAGACCUGGAGUUUGAGCACACCGUUGCUUUGCCCCUUGGAUCUGUUCCUGUUUGCCUCUGCUCUUUCUGUCUCAUUCAUACUUAGGUCUUCAAGCUCUGUGUGUACUUCUACGCAUUCAUUUUACUCGCACUGACUGGUUCUCUCUUUCCUUCUCUAAUCUGCCUGUGCCAUUCUGUCUGAGGCCUUGUUGACACAUAGUGAAACUCCUGUGUCAAAGUCAGUGGAUUCUCACAAUGCUUUAACAUUUCUCAGGUGUUUAUUUUCUGGUUAACCGUUUGAAAGUGGGAAGAUUUUACAUUGGGGGAGCAGGAUUGUAAGCCUCCAGGUGUUUUGGAGCUGCAGCCCCUAUCCUCCCUGACCAUUGGCCAUGUGCUACGGUUGAUGGGAGCUGGGAGUCCAGCAACAUUUUCAGGCAAACCACUACCUCUAAGGGUUCCAUAUCUGCUGAGCAUUCUCAAAACUCUGUUACUCAGAGACUGUUAAUAGAUGAGUUCUAAAGCCGGGACUUGCCUAGUCUUUCACAAUAGACUUAUAUGCUACCCAGUGCCUACAUAGAAUAGUCAUAUUUAAUGGGGGCCAUUGUGUGUUUCAAGGGGGAAUUUGUUGUGGGUCAUUGAUGCCCACAUUACUGGAUUUUGAAAUGACAACUGGACUCUCUUUACUCUUACUUUCUAUUAUUGUUGGUUAGUUCAGUAGAAUUGAUCUGAUUUCACUUUUAUUUAAAAAUCCUUGUAACUUAAAAAAAAAUGCUUUGCAUGUCGAUGGAGAUUAGAGUUGUGGGUCAGCAGUGGUAUGGACCAGUGCUUUUUUCUCUAAAAAAAUGUUUAGGAGUACUCUCAUUUUGACUCAAGAAAAUCACCAUUUUAUAGUUUAAAUCAGGAAAAAUAAAUACAGUAAAUGAACAAAAGUACAAAGAUUCACAAAAUGUUUAGGGGUAUGCGUAUCCCUGCAUCCCCCCCCCCGAAAAAAAGCACUGGUAUGGGCAAACUUUUGUGUAGAAUGGAUUGUGGCUGGGCCACAGAAAUGAGAAUAUAUAUAUAUGUCAUAUAACAAAUGUGAACCAGCUUUUUAGACAGGGGUUAUAAUUUUGUGGUUUUCUUUUGUUCAUCCUUCAGGAUGCAGAGCAGAAUUAAAGUGGACUGAUAAUGUUGGUUUUUGUCUUGUUCACCUUUAUUUAACUCUGCCCCUUUGAUUGCUGUUGUGCUGAUAGUUAUGCUACAAAAAAAUCUGUGAGUCUUUAAAUUGCCCCAAGACUCUUUGUUUUUUAUGUACUUGAUGGCAACCAUGCCACAGCCGGCCCUCCUGUUGGACAGAGUGAGGUAGCUAUUUGAGGCAGAAAAUGUGAAGAGUGUAGGGAGAGUAAUAUCAAGGUGUUAAAAGCGCUGGGCUGUGUGUGUUCUGCACACAUCCCUCAAACCAGUUCUCUGCCCUCAAGUGUGGUGAAAAACACUGUCCAAUUGCCAGUGUUGAAGUAGGAGCAUGUGCCAGACUAGGGUUGCUAUAUUUCAAACAGUGAAUCUGGACAGAAAAGUUGUUGAGCUUUUCUUUUUUCUGCCAAAGUUGUUGAGCUUCUUUUGGUUUUGCCCAAAGUUGUUGAGCUUUUUCAGUAAAAUUGCCGUAUUUGAGCUAUUUUUAAGGAAAUACUGCAAAAAUGGCACUGCCAACAUGGGUUGUCAUAUGUCUGGAUUUUACCGGACAUUUUCCCAAUUUCUGCCCAGGCACUGCUGCUGACUGCAGUAUUCCAGUUGUAUUCAGGAAAAUCCGGACGUAUGGCAAUCCUAUAUGAGCUUCUGUUGAGGGGUAAAGGAUCAUCUUGUCAUUCACCUCUUGCAAAAUAGUUUAUACCAGCCCAUAUGUAGUUUAAUGGAUGAAUAUUAUUUAGUCAGUCACUUGUUGAGUGUGGUAAUGACCAUUAUACUUAACAUGUCAUUUCUCUACCUACCAUUUGAUCUGAAGGGCAUUAAUUGUGUUUUGUUUUUUAAAUUGUGUUGCAGGAUCCUGCAAAUCAAAAAUGUGGACGCAAGAAAACAGUGUCCUUCAGCAGCAUGCCAUCGGAAAAGAAAAUAAGCAGCGCCAACGACUGCAUCAGCUUCAUGCAGGCUGGUUGUGAACUGAAGAAAGUCCGGCCAAACUCCCGUAUUUAUAAUCGUUUUUUUACCCUGGACACUGACUCACAAGCGCUUCGCUGGGAACCAUCUAAGAAAGAUCCUGACAAGGCCAAACUCGAAAUUUCCGCUGUGAAAGAGGUCCGGUUAGGGAAAAACACAGAAACAUUCAGAAACAAUGGGCUAGCAGAUCAAAUUUCCGAAGACUGUGCCUUCUCUAUAAUUCAUGGGGAGAAUUAUGAGUCACUGGAUCUCGUUGCCAAUUCAGCAGACGUGACCAACAUUUGGGUGUCAGGUUUGAGGUACCUGGUUUCCCGUGCCAAACAGUGCCUGGAUUUGAUAGAAGGUAGCCAGGACACUCCACGUUUUGCAUGGCUAAAGUCUGUGUUUGAAGCCGCAGAUGUCGAUGGUAAUGGGAUCAUGUUGGAAGACACAGCUGUAGAAUUAAUAAAGCGGCUGAACCCUGCCUUAAAGGAGUCAAAGAUCAGGUUAAAAUUUAAGGAAAUACAGAGAAGCAAAGAGAAGCUAACGACCCGUGUAACGAAAGAGGAAUUUUGUGAAGCAUACAUUGAGCUUUGCACUAGACCCGAAGUUUAUUUUUUGCUGGUGCAAAUAUCUAAAAACAAAGAAUACUUAGAUGUCAAUGACCUCAUGCUUUUUUUAGAAGCUGAGCAAGGGGUGGCACAAGCAACUGAAGAAAUGUGUCUUGAUAUUAUUCAAAGGUAUGAAUUUUCGGAGGAAGGGCGGUUGCAGGGUUUUCUGGCAAUUGAUGGAUUUACUCAGUAUUUGCUGUCCCCGGAAUGUGAUAUUUUUGACCCUGCACAUAAAAAUGUUGUCCAAGAUAUGACCCAGCCUUUAUCACAUUACUAUAUCAAUUCAUCUCACAAUACUUACCUAAUAGAAGACCAGGUGCGAGGGCCAGCUGAUAUUAAUGGCUAUGUCAGGGCACUGAAGAUGAGCUGUCGAUGUAUUGAACUGGAUGUGUGUGAUGGUCCAGAUAAGGAGCCCAUCAUCUGCAAUCGUAACAGCAUGACGUCACCUCUAUCUUUUCAGUGUGUCAUUGAGGUGAUCAACAAAUUUGCCUUUGUUUCAUCACAGUACCCUCUUAUUCUUUGCUUGGGAAACUACUGCUCCAUACAGCAGCAGAAGGUUAUGGUUGAACAGAUGAAGAAGAUUUUUAAAAACAGGCUCUAUACUGAUAUGCCACCACAGUCAGAAGCCUACCUUCCAUCUCCAGAGAAACUGAAAAUGAAGAUUAUCAUCAAAGGGAAGAAACUUCCAGAUGGUGAGGAUUUAUUAGAGGGAGAAGUCAGUGAUGAAGACGAAGAAGCUGAAAUAUCUCGAAGAAUGUCUGAAGUGUCUGUGGAGACGCCCAAGAUGACUUGGUUAUGCAAGGAGCUGUUUGACCUGGUAUCUGUAUGCAGAGCUGUCAGAUUCAAAGAUUUUGAGCACUCAAUGAAAAGUCAGAAUUACUGGGAAAUCUGUUCCUUUAGCGAAGCAGAUGCUAGCAGAAUUGCAAAUGAGUGUCCGGAGAACUUUGUAAAUUACAAUAAGAAAUUUCUGUCUCGAAUAUACCCUAGUGCCAUGAGAAUAGAUUCCAGCAACUUAAAUCCGCAGGAUUUUUGGAACUGUGGUUGCCAGAUAGUGGCCAUGAAUUAUCAAACGCCAGGGCCGAUGAUGGAUUUACAUACUGGUUGGUUUCUACAAAACGGAGGAUGCGGUUAUGUUCUUCGACCUUCUGUUAUGAGAGAAGAAGUUUCAUAUUUCAGUGCGAAUACAAAGGGCAUAGUUCCAGGGGCCUCUCCUCAAGUUCUGCAUGUCAAAAUCAUCAGUGGGCAGAACUUUCCAAAGCCAAAAGGAGCCUGUGCCAAGGGGGAUGUCAUAGACCCUUAUGUGUUCCUAGAAGUCCAUGGCAUUCCUGCAGACUGUACAGAACAGAGAACUAAAACCGUUCAGCAAAACAGUGACAACCCCAUUUUUGACGAGAGCUUUGAGUUUGAGAUAAACCUACCAGAACUUGCAAUGAUCCGUUUUGUUGUGCUGGAUGAUGAUUACAUUGGAGAUGAGUUCAUAGGCCAAUGCGCUAUCCCCCUAGAAUGUAUACAGCCAGGCUAUCGGCACAUACCUUUACGCUCCUUUGUUGGAGACCUUAUGGAGCAUGUUACGCUUUUUGUGCACAUUGCAAUAACUAACCGAAGCGGUGGAGGGAAGGCCCAGAAACGCAGCCUGACCGCAAGAAUAGGGAUGAAAACAAGAGACUAUACCAUGCUGCGGAACACAAGUCUUAAGAUUGUAGAUGACAUCUUCAAACCAGCGAUACAUCCAUUAAGAGAGGCAACUGACAUGCGGGAAAAUAUGCAGGUAAUGAAACGUACCAUUUCAUUCUUUUCAUUUCUUUUAGAACUUGAUUUAGCCAACUAUUUAAGUCAAAAGAACUGCUAAUGAUAUUUUCAUAAUGGGGGGAUCUUAUCGCAAAUGAUGCAACACCCCAUUAGUAAAUAAUGUUGUAGCUCACUUAAAUUGUAUUCUUUCGGUGUUGUUGAAUGCACAGACCCCAAGACCCUACCUCUCAAGUGUCAAUGAGCUGAACCUUACGUUAGGAUGUCCUCUGCAUCUCUUGUAACCUGAAGUUCCCAACUUCUACCAUGCUAUCCUUGUUCUUCUGGAUUUCUCUUCAACAGCCUUUUGGUCUACUACAGCUCCCACCAUCCCUGAUUGUUGGCCAUGCUUGUUGAGGUUGAAGGGAGUUGUAGCUGAAACAUCUGUAGGACAGCAGAUUGAUGAAGGUUGCUUCAAGAGGGAUCUUCCGAAGGUGGCAAGGCAGUCAGAUUGCAUGCCUGCCCCCACUGCACAUACUGUCAUCAUCUGUGACUCAGGCCGUGCAUCUGUACACAUAAAUGCCAGAUUCCUAUGACCUUCUCUUCGCUGUCGUCCCCCCCCCCGAAGAAGGAUUGAAGAAACCAGAUGCAAGUGCAAACAAAUGCAUAUGUGUAUGCAGUAAUUAGGGACGCGGGUGGCGCUGUGGGUUAAACCACAGAGCCUAGGGUUUGCUGAUCAGAAGGUUGGCAGUUCGAAUCCCCGCGACGGGGUGAGCUCCCGUUGCUCGGUCCCUGCUCCUGCCAACCUAGCAGUUCGAAAGCACGUCAAAGUGUAAGUAGAUAGGUACUGCUCCAGCGGGAAGGUAAACGGCGUUUCAGUGUGCUGCUCUGGUUCGCCAGAAGCUGCUUAGUCAUGCUGGCCACAUGACCUGGAAGCUGUACGCCGGCUCCCUCAGCCAAUAAAGCGAGAUGAGCGCCGCAACCCCAGAGUCAGUCACCACUGGACCUAAUGGUCAGGGGUCCUUUUACCUUUAUCUAUGCAGUAAUUAAUACAUGACUGCAUACUCUCAGUGUAUAUUUCUAUGUAUAUCUCUGUAUUACACAGACGAUGAUGCAGCCCAGCACCAAAAACAUGCUAAAAUCCAUUGUAGUCCCUGCACACUAAGAACAGUGUUCUUGUGUGCACCAGAUUUGGCACUGAAAGAAGUUAGAAGUCAGAGUUUCAUGAAAUGUUACAGGACUAGUAGUCUACUGUCUUCUGUUAAUAGGAAUGUUCUUCAAUAAAUUAAAAUUUUCCACCAGGAACAAUAACGUAUAUUUAUGCAGGUCCCACACAAGGGUUUAAAGUUCCCCAUAAAGGAUUAAUUCAUUUGUUCUAUAAAACUUGGUGUGCCCCCCCCCUGCUGCAUCCUUCUUUUCAACAUGUUUUAAAGAUGAAGGAUUGAAUCGCAGACAUGGAACUUUUUUAAUCAAGUGAAAGUACAUGUCUACAGUUCAUGCAAACAGUUUUAUCCUUACCCUAAUGUAUAAGCAAGUGGUGAGAAAAUACAGAUCUUGCUACUGAAACACCUUAAAGCCAAAUUACAUUUAGCACAAAAAUGAAUGAGGUUUCAAUAUGCAUUUAGAUGACAACACCCUUUGCCGUCUGUCAGAAGAUAGAGAGAGCAGCUGAUUUAAUUAUAUUUAAAAGCGGUGUUUUUCUAAAUUCCUGUUGGGAACUGGUUUGUAAAUAUGCUUGUACAGAAAAAGAGAGAAAAAAGCCCUACUCAAAACGAGAAAUGUUAGUAUAGCCAAAUGAUGGAGAGUUGCUCUUUCACUUUUAUAGACUAUAAUUACUUUCAUACACACAGAUGUUCCAUUCAUUUUCUGUCCUACUUGGAUUACAAUGGUAUGUAGCAGAAUGCAAGUUCAGUGCCAAUUUGUAUAAUUUGGGAUUGAUGGGAUUCAGGUGGCCUUUGGAGCAACGCAGUGUCUGUAAUGGAAUUUUGUACUCUCUCCAAAUCUGCUACUGCUGAACUUGAUAAGCAACAAAAUGGUUUGUGGCAGCUGAAGAGGUUUAGGCGGCGACUAAACACAUGUGUAAUGGAUAAUAAUUUAAAUUAGAUUGCUAUAAGGUUCAUACUGCAUCACACAGCAUCCUUCAGUUCCCUUGUACUUGGGAGAGAGUCCACUGCUGUAAUGUUGAACGUUUGAUUGGUUUGUUCAUUCCCUUGCUUCCUGGGAGUGGGGUGCUGCUGCUUAUGGGGAGGCGGAUUAAGAGGCAAGGUGGAUGCAGUGCUGGGGAAACACAUCUCUUUCUCACUUGGUAAGUGGAAGCAACCCCACUUCCAGGAAGCUUGUGUUGUGGCUCCAUGCCCAGUAGGGGUGAGCUAGAUCUGGGAGGGAGUUGCACCUCUUCUCCUCAGUGCUUUUUCGGAGCUGUCUUUCUCAGUGCAUGAAAAAGAACUGAUAGGGCAUAUAUAAUGUGUCCAGCUUUCUGGAAGAGUUCCCUAAAGGAAAUAAAUGGCUUAUCCUAUAGACUUCUUGGGUGCUAGCAUACCAAGGUGUAUAUAUCCCAGGUUUCCUUAAAAGGUAAAGGACCCCUGACAGUUAAGUCCAGUCGCAGACGACUCUGGGGUUGCGGCGCUCAUCUCGCUUUACAGGCCAUGGGAGCCGUCAUUUGUCCGGAGACAGUUUUCCAGGUCAUGUGGCCAGCAUGACUAAGCCACUUCUGGUGCAACGGAACACCAAAACCAGAGCAGCGCAUGGAAACGCCAUUUCCUUCCUGCCAGAGCAGUACCUAUUUAUCUACUUGCACUUUGACGUGCUUUCAAACUGCUAGGGUGGCAGGAGCUGGGCCCAAGCAACGGGAGCUCACCCUGUCGCGGGGAUUUGAACUGCCAACCUUCUGAUCGGCAAGCCCAAGAGGCUCAGUGGUCUAGACCACAGUGCCACCUGAGUCCCCCAGGUUUCCUUAAUGCCUGCUUGAAACGGAAAAUUGGUUUUUGGUUGUGUCUGUAGUCUCCUGGUAUGACUUGUAAACUGACUCCUUAUGCAAUGUGUCAGUCAGAGGAUGCAGCUGUGCCACUAUGGAAGCUUGUCCCCUUUAUUGAAUGCUGACAAGUCUUCUGCCUUUAACUAUAGCCUGAAAAUAUAGGUUAAAAAUACUGGGCACACAUUACUAUUCAGUGAGACAUUAAAUACACCCUGACUCUAGCUUUGAGUAUUUCAGGAAAAUCAAGCAAAUACCUUUCUAUUUUUGUCUUAAAAGGAAAUACAAGAGAAAUAUUUUAAGGCUCAUGCAUAUGAGCACACAUUUUAGGAGAUAGUUCAUUAAGAAAAAAAGCAAACUUGAAUGCUGAUAAAAAUAGAAUAAAAUAGAGCUCAGUCUAUUACAUGUUCUUGAAGAAAAUUAAGCCUUGAAUUUUUCUCGAGAUCCCUAAGCAGGCUUGAAAUCAGCAUCUGAAAAGUUGACAGGAAUGGUGGAGCCCAUGGUUCUCAGAGGGCCCUCAGCUCCUGCUUGUGGCUUCCUUUUUAAAAAGUUUCCAGCAUUCAAAAGAGAAGUACCAAGUGAUUAAGUUGCAGUCGCUGUGAUUAUCAUUUCCCUGGAGUGCCUCUGGGGCUCUGAUGUCGGACUGAGAAGCAUCCAGGGGAAAUUAAGAUGGCAGCUUCUCACCUGGCAUUCUUUUGGCUAGCUGGGUAGCAUGUUGCUGCCCCACUCAGCAGUGUAUUGGGGGGGGGGCUCACUAGGACACCAUAGCAGGUCUCCUCAAACCUGGCGUCGGCUCUGUCUCUAAGGACCACUUCUAAGGACCAAGAGUCCAGUGUUCCUCAUUACAUUUACAGUUAGCUCUAUAAAAUAAAUUGGAAUGAUUCCCUGCCGUAAGUAUAAACUGAUGCUUUUAUUUUCCUCAACAGAAUGCAAUUGUGUCUCUUAAAGAGCUUUGUGGACUCCCACCAAUUACCAAUCUGAAGCAGUGCAUUUUGACCUUGUCCUCACGCCUUAUGAACAGCGAAAAUGUUCCCUCAGUGGCCCUCUGUAUGAAAGACAACUUCCCCUACCUAGAACCUUUGGGGACAUUGACGGAUGUGCAGAAGAAGGUUCUAGCGGCAUACGACCUGGUAUGGUGUGGUUUUUUUGGUUGUUGUUGUUACCUGGUUUAUAUUGGAAAUAACAUGAGCCAAAUCUGUUUCUCAGAGACUUUCAUAUUGGCUUAUGCCUUGUGUUUCCCCAAACUCAACUUUAUUUGUUUGUUUGUUUAUAUUGAAUUUAUAUAAAAAUAAACAUCAGCAUCAAGCCUUUUAAGACGAUCAAUGCCUUUCCCUGUGUAGCAUCUUCUACCUUUCCCAAAUAGGAUAGAGGAGCAUCUUGACAACCACUGGUCUGUAUUGGUAUCUGUCCUGUUAUAUAUACAAAAUGGAUUUAAUGUUUUCCACUUGGAAAUAAAUAUUUUUCUCCCAGUUGCCAGAAGCGUCAGAUAACCAUGUUAGUACACAAAUGGGGCAGAAGAUGUGUGAUAGGGAGAUGUGAGAAGAAAGCAUAAUUAAUUAUUUAAACUUAUUAAUCAGUUUUUUAACAAAACAAACUCAAAGUGACUUACAACAAUAAAUCAAUUAAACAUAAAUUUAACCAGGAUAAUAAUAAUAAAAAAGAGGAAAAUCUAAAACGCAUUCAUCUUUUCAAAAGGCAGCACUAAAAGGUCCCACUCACUGAAGGAGGCCACGGAUAAUUGAAAGGGAAAGGCCUAGCAGAAAAGAAAUGUUUUUGCCUGAUGCUAAAAAAGAUAUUCAAAGGUGGCGACAGGCGACUCUCCAUGGGGAGUAGGCCUGGGUGAUAUAUUGAUAUAUUGCCCAGGACCGGUAUGAGGGGCAGACUGUGAUGGUGGUUUCACUCAGUGGUAUAUUGCUAGUGAAACCAUUACCACUCCUGAUUCUCUCCAUCUCCUGCAUCUGGCUGCUGGAGACAGAGGGACUCAGAGCUGCGGCGGUUUCACCAGCGAUAUACCGCUGAGUGAAACUGCUAUCGCAGUCUGCCCCUCAUGCCAGCACAGAGUGAGAGUCAAGCUGUAUCAGCAAGGCUCUGAUAAAGCUUAUUCCUCCCUCCUUUUCUUUAAACUGCUUGGCUGAGGAGUGCAUGGCUGGCCUCACCUCAGCCAAGCAGUUUUGCGGAGCCCCCAACUUGCCACUGGCUCACACUGGCUUGCACUGGCUUUUGAGAUUAGCUAUGUAGUUCUUAGGCUUAGGAACUUGAGCCAGUAUAUGGUAGGAUUUUAGUGGGUGUUAUUACUGAGGUCCAGCGCUGAGGGCCUUCUGGCGGUUCCCUCAUUGCAAGAAGCAAAGCUACAGGGAACCAGAGAGAGGGCCUUCUCGGUAGUGGCACCCGCCCUGUGGAAUGCCCUUCCAUCAGAUGUCAAAGAGAUAAACAACUACCUGACAUUCAGAAGACAUCUUAAGGCAGUCCUAUUUAGGGACGUUUUUAAUGUGUGACAUUUUAAUGUAUUUUUAAUCUUUGUUGGAAACCGCCCAGAGUGGCUGGGGUACAAAUAAAUUAUUAUUAUUAUUAUUAUUAUUAUUAUUAUUAUUAAGAUUUGUAUACCAUCCUAUAUCUACAGAUCUCAGGGUGGUUCACAGGAUAAAAUCACAAUAUAAAAACAGAAAAUACAUAAUCAAAAUAAAAACAAGAACAACCCAAUAAUCCUGAUUCCUGAAUUUAAGAGACAUGUACCUGAAUAUGGAAAUGAUGGUAUUGAUACCUGGGUUAGGGUGUAAAUCUUUUAAUAGGUGUCCUUUAAAAUCAGUGACCCACGGAUCUUGCAGCUUGAUUCAGUGCAGGUUUAGUCAGAAGUUAGCCCCAUUUUGUUCAGUGGGGUCGACUGACUAGUAAAUAACAUGUAGAGAACUAUAGCCUAAUGAUGUAUUUGCUUGAAAGUAAACCACACCAACAGAAAUUGGUUUUGUUUCUGAGCAAAACUCAUAUUGGAUUGGACUGCAAGUGUGUGUGUGUUUGUGUGUGUGUAAUUUCUCAUUAAAUACAUUAUAAUACACUUUCUGAGUGAUUGAGAUUUGUGUGUAUUUGUAAAGUAGUCAUGUGAAUACAUUUUUGAAGGAAAUUUGUCUACGUGGCAGUGCGUGUUUAGUGGUGCAUGAAAUGCUCCGAUAUUUCACACAAAGCAGAUGCAGUUGCCCAGAGACCCUUAGUAAUUAUCUUUCUAACAAUUAACUGCCUGUUUUAUUGGCUUUAUCCCGUAUAAACAGACAAAGAGCGUUUGUCUGAUUCUCAUUUUUCUUUCUCUUGACAACUAUAUGCCUCACCACUGAUGGCUGCCGUGCCGCCUUUAGAACUGGACAUACAAGUCACCUUAAGUCAAAAUGCUUAAACUGUAAACUGAUCUUUGUUUUUAUUUAAUAAUCCCAUAUACAGUCUUGCCCACAGACCAUUCGAUUAAAUGGUCUAGUGCAGGUGUGGCAAAUCUUUUUGAGAGAGAGAGAGAGAGAGAGAGAGAGAGAGAGAGAGAGAGAGUCUAUAUGUCUAUGUCUAUAUCUAUAUCUAUAUCAUCUAUAUCUAUAUUUAUAUCUAUAUCUAUAUCUAUAAUCUAUAAGCUACACACACACAGAUAUGUAGUCAACUUCUGGGUGCCACAGAAAAACCUUUCAGUAGGUCUGCUCUGGGUAAAAGUUCCUCAUUAUGAAAGUGUUGGGGCUUUGGUUGUAAAACUUCACACAAUGCACAUUGCUUUUGCUUUGAUGUCUGCUGGAUUGUGUUUGCAUGGAAUGUCACUAAGCAAGAAUUGGGGAUGCCUUUUAGAUGUUUAAAGGAGUGCACUGUCCACUUUCCCUCCCAAUAACUGCAUAAUUUAAUAAACAUUCUUUAAGGGUUACUUUUGUUUUGUUUUUUGGUAUUCACAGUUAUUUGAGAUCCUGUGCUUCCCCACUGUGCAAACUCAGUACUGGUGCUUCCAUUCAGCAUUAUUUAAAAAGGAGACAAAGUGUAGCAUGACUCCCCCUCCCCCAUGAAGUAUUGUGAAGCUUGAUUUUUUACUUUAACUAUGAUUAAUUCUUUGGAGGCUCUGCACUCCCGGUCUUCUCAGUGAUAAAAAUCACAGUUGUCCCUGCUUUUAAAUGAGAGCUGGGUGGAAACAGCAUCAUGUCGGCUCUCCCCUUAUUCUUCAUCCGUUGUGUGGGAAUGGGAAAUGGUGGGCCCUAGACUCUUACCUUACACUUGAUGCUCACAAAUGCGUCACCUAACAGUUGGAUGAAACAUUUGGCAGCAUCAUGAAAGAGAUAAGACGCAGUUGAUUGAUGAAUGCCAUGGAGGUUCACGUGGAAGGCCUGCUGAUUUCAGAGAAACAACUCCAAAGUUAAGUAUGUGCAUGAUUGCAACUGGAGAGACAGCUUUGCUCGUUUGGAAGUACCCAAGGCAUUGAUGUCCUUAAGCUUGUAAUUGUCUGUCUCCUGCCUUCAUUUCCUCCUGACAUUGUAUCUUGCAUUUCCCCCUGUCUGUCAAGAUAAUGCCUAAUUGACAUAAACUGUUCAUUGAAUCUCCCUUAUCAUUUUUUUCUGUUACAAAAUGGGGAGCGUUUUAGAGGAGUGAAUGAAUAAGGGCUUUUUGACAUAGGGAUUCUGGCCUGAGAGGCAAAGCUGGUAAAAGCAACUUUUCUUGUUUUAUUUUCCCUGACAGAUGAUUCAAGAAAGCAGAUUCCUUAUAGAAACAUCAGAUGCUGUUUACGACAAGAUAGUUCAGUGCCAGAAAGCAGGUAACCCUCUUUCAGUUUUAAAUAUACCCAAGAGACUUCCUUGGCAAUAAUCAUCCCAAAUAUUUUUCCAUUCUAGCUCUUGCCCAUUAAGGAUACAAUAUCCCUCCUUGCUGCAGGAGGUGGGAGCAGGGUUGUGCUGAUGGGGACUUGUGGGAGUUGUAGUCCAAAGAUUAGGGUCCAACUACACUGGCUAUCAAUUAGUUUCGGGGCCCAAUUGAAAGUGCUGGUUUUGACCUAUAAAGCCUUAAACGGCUCAGGACCGCAAUAGCUCAAGGACUCCCACUUCUUCCCAUAUGAACCUACCUGGACCCUGAGAUCAUCUUCUGAGGCCUUCCUUCGUGUGCCUCCUUAAGAGGUCCAGAGGGUGGCAACAGGAGAACAGGCCUUCUCUGCAGUGGCUCCCUGUCUGUGGAAUGCUCUCCCCAGGGAAGGUCGCCUGGCACCUUCAUUAUACAUCUUUAGGUGCCAGGAAAAACGUUCCUUUUUAAUUAGGCCUUUGGUUGAUCUGAUUGACAUCCUAUACCCUUUUAAAAUGCUGCUCUUUUGUUGUGUGUGUGUGUUAUUGGGUUGUUGUUUUUAUUUUGAUUGUAUAUAUAUUGUUGUUUUUAUGUUGAUCUUUUCUGUGAACUGCCCUGAGACCUCCAGGUACAGGGUGGUAAAGAGAAAGGAACCCCUGACCAUUAGGUCCAGUCGUGACCGACUCUGGGGUUGUGGCGCUCAUCUCGCUUUAUUGGCCGAGGGAGCCGGCAUACAGCUUCCGGGGCAUGUGGCCAGCAUGACUAAGCCGCUUCUGGCGAACCAGAGCAGUGCACGGAAACGCCAUUUACCUUCCUGCCGGAGCGGUACCUAUUUAUCUACUUGCACUUCGUGCUUUUGAACUGCUAGGUUGGCAGGAGCAGGGACCGAGCAAUGGGAGCUCACCCCAUUGCAGGGAUUCAAACCACUGACUUUCUGAUCAGCAAGCCCUAGGGUCUGUGGUUUAACCCACAGCGCCCCCCGCAUCCAUAUAAAUUCUAAUAAUAAUAAUAAUAAUGGGGGAGGCUGUUAUUGGGGAGCUAGUCCAACAUCAUCUUCUCACAGUGACCAACCAGAAUGCCCAUGGGAUCGUCCAUUCAUAGCACUGCCCCCUCUCUCAUUGAACAGGUCAGAUAUGGUCUGUAAUACUGGAGAGGGGACACAGAGGUUUUAAGAAAUUAAAUGCCAAAAGAGUUUAAAAAGGAACGUUCGGAAAAUGGCAGGGCAGGUUUUUUUUCACAUCAUGAAAGGUGGCACGAGUGCUCUCAUACCCCCAGGGUUCCUGUGGUAACAUUAGAGACCCAUGUGGUGGUGCAGUGGGGGACCAGCACUGCGCUCCUUGUUUCGGACACAUCACAUCACUGGAAUUUAGCAGAGGGGAAGUGGCAUGGAGAGCUCAGGACUGUGCUGACACAGCAUGGCCGAGCCAAUCUGAUACUCUUGCCAUUGCCCAACUGGACAGCUCUGAGCAAUCCACACCUCCCCGCUCCCCUUCUUGGUCUGGGAAGUGCCAGCGAUGGGCUGCUCUCCGAAGCCAGGAGAACAGCAGUGCCCCGAGUACUACUGUGUUGUACAGGAGGAAAAACCUCUGAAAUAGUAUCCGAGUGUGUAAAAGCAGCUACUUAAGCUGUGCAGUUUAAGCCCCUGCCCUCCCUACAAGCAUGCACUAAGGUCUCUUUCACUGAAAUCAAUGAGACGGGAGCAUUUAACUACGGCUGUUUGAUCCAUUAUCCUUGCAUUGAACUAAUUGUCCGGAAAGGUACAGCUUUUUAUGAUGGCAGAAAGUACAGUCAUAAAAUAAGUGGGCAGGGUGCGGGAUUACUUUUGUCAAACAGGCAUCCUAGGAUUGGUAAAUGGUUAGGGUGGUUGUCACUUUGUCUACAAAUGGGAGGGCUUACAAAGCAAGGCUUUUAACUAAUGCCACAAGUUCUGAGCAAAUUUACAUUAAAAAAGAAAGCAUCAAAAUUACUUCCAGUAAACGCCAUACAUCCUGACGUGUGAGAUUUGACGUAUGAUAUUCUUUCUGGAAGGGGGUGACUUGCGAUUACGCUGAGAUGAACAGCCUGCGGUUUUUUAUAAGCGCAAGCUCCACUUGCGCAUGGUGGGCCAGUUCUGGAUCCAGCUCUUUGUCGCGAUUCAGUUCCCCACCCCUGCCGUAAUAUGGCCAUCAGUGCAAACUCUCCCAGGGUAGCUCAUAACCUACAUCUCCCAUACAAGUUUAUCUUCUUGCUCCAGACUCAAAACCCCUGGAGCAAAGCAGAGCACAAGACGAUGUAGGUUAUAUGAUCUGUCUUGGGGAAGUUUGUAUUGAUGGUUGUAUUCAAGAAUAACAGCAGUCCAAGAUGAAACGUGCACAAUAAUAUAUAGUAGCCCACAGAACAUCUUAUAAUCUCAAAGUAUCAUAUCCUAGAGAGCAUCUUCCGGCCUUAAAGCAUCAUUAUCCAUAUCACAGCGCCUUAUUCAAUUUGUUUAAAGUUUCAUUGUCAAAAUCAUUGAUUGUAAGAAGAAGAAAUAGAACAAGGUCGGCUGUGUGAUCCAUAAAUUUCAGACAUAUGAGCAUCAUAAGAAUAAAACCAAUUUAAUUGGAUAUUUUUCCAGCUGGAAGAAAAUGUGUUUAUUUUCAUUGUUCCUAAACCUCUUUUCAGGUUUUUUUUGUGUGUGUUUGUAUUGUUUUUGAAACAAUUUUCUCCAUUUUUAUGAUAUGACUGAAAAUCGCCUUUAGUCAUGUGUUAAAGGUGAUUCAUAAAUGAAUAAUAAAUUUGGUGGGUGGGAUAACAGUCUGAUAGGCGUUUAACAGCUGGUGUAGUACACAUUCACUUCAUGCGUUCUGAGUUAUAGAGGAAAAUCCAAAGGGUUCUGUGGACUGCUCUCUAAUCCAGGCAUCCCCAAACUCAGCUCACCAGCUGUUUUGGGACUACAAUUCCCAUCAUCCCUGACCAGUGGUCCUGUUAGCUAGGGAUGAUGGGAGUUGUAGUCCCAAAACAGCUGGAGGGCCGAGUUUGGGGGUGCCUGCUCUAAUCCCUCAGCCUCACAGCCAGUGCCUUAGGUCACAAGCAAUACUAUUCAUUCAUUCAUUUGAAAUGUUUAUAGCCCACUCUUCACUUGAAGGUCCCAGGGUGGGAUUAAAGUACCUUCCCGCUACAACUGCAGAAGGCAUUUGAUGAAGUCUUAAGGACAGGAGGAGUUUUCCUUAGCAUGGACUGGUUAAAUAAUUUUUCGAAACCAUGUUGGUGUUUAAAUACGGCAAACCAUAGUGUUACUGUAGUAUGAGCCAAGCAGGCUAAGUAAGUUUUUCUGUGAGCAUCUCUUAGCUCUGCUUUUGAAUCUGACAACAAAGAUUCUCACUUGGGGGUAGGGAGCCAACGGUCAAACCAAAGUGGUGAAUGUUUUGUUCUGCCAAUUGUAUCUAGAUGACCCAAAGCCUUACUCCUUCUGUGAGUGUGUGCACGCAUGUCAUCUGUUUUAGAGAUUACCUUAAUUACAAAGUAUCAUCAGCUUAAUUAAAUUGAUUUUAGAAGUAAUCUAGUUAAAGCAGCACAAACCUCAGUAACAGUCUUGCUUACUUCGUUAAAACCUUGUUUAAACAGAGCUUAUUCCAUUUAGUAACUGGAUUAAUAUUACUAAAGCAACUGAAUGAGAUGAAGCCCAUAUAACUAAGGCUCGAAUUGGUUUAACUGCAUUCAAUAUUUUUUCCACUGACGCAGCCAAAUUAAGGUAAUUGUGUUAUUUUGCUACAGCCUAUCUGCGUUUAAUUCUUUGCAGCUAGGUCCAAGGUCCUCUACUUGUACAAAAACAUACAAACAAAUAAAUAAACAUUUCUUUCUCUGAGAAGAACAAUCACAUUACUGUGCACAGGGGAAUUGCCGACAGCACAGCUAACUGGGGCUAUACAUCUUCAUCAUGAUAAUUCUGGUGCCUUUUCAGCAGUGUGUUCUGUUUUACUAGAUACACUGCUUGUGCCUAUGGAUGCAAGCCAGAGUUGGUUGCCCUAUUCACAGAUGCUCAUAUUCCCUACCUGGAGCAUUCCCAUGGCAGCAUACCUUUGACUACUAGUUGCUGGGAAUCUCAGGUGGGGAGGGUGCUGUUCUGUGAGAGCAGAGUGCUGGACUAGGUGGGCUUUGGUCUGAUAAUAAUAAUAAUGAUAAUAAUUUAUUAUUUAUACCCCGCCCAUCUGGCUGGGCCUCCCCAGCCACUCUGGGCGGCUUCCAUAGAAACCAAAAAUACAGUAAAAUAUCACACGUUAAAAAAACAUGGCUCAUCUUAUGGCAGAGGAAAUACCAUAUUUUUCCAUGUAUAACACGCUCCCGUGUAUAAGAUGCCCCUGUUUUUGGGGGGACUCCAAAUUAAGAAAAUGGGGGGGGGGGAGAUUGCCCAGAGUUGUUGAGCUUUUUCGGGGGGAGGAUUGCAGAAAAUCGCUCUCACCCAUCUGACCUAUUCUGACACUCGCACGCGUCACAAGAACCACCUAUCGUCUGUCCCCUCGACAGCAGAAGCCACCAAUCACCAGCCCAAUUGCUGCAGCGACAUCCAAUCAACACCAGACCUUGCCACGGCCACCAAUAACACGCCUAAUAGCCGCUGACAAUCUCCAGCUCGUCUUAUACACAGAAAAAUACGGUAACAAACAGGGGGUCUAUAGGAGUAUACAUUGGACUGAGACCAAUUUCCUUAUACAGAGUGGUCCAACAGGUGCAGCCCUCUUAUGAGGAACUUAACAUAUGAACUGAUGGGCGGCCAUAACUCCCUCGGCCGGAUUAUUUAUUUACUUAAUAAAUUUGUUAGUCGCUUUAUCUUGCCCAAGGCAACCCAAAGUGGCAGACAGGCAGACAAAAAACUCCACAUAGGUACAUUAAAACCAAGGGGGAGAUACAUUAAACACCUCCCACCCACUUCUAAAAGGCCACAGAUGACGGCCAAAAGCUUGGUUUUAGAGAAAGUUUUUUGCCUGGUACCUAAAGAUAUAUAAGGAUGAUACCAGGCGAGCCUCCCUGGGAAGAGCAUUCCACAAACAGGGGGCCACUGCAGAAAAGACCCUUUUUUUGUAUUGCCACCCUUCACACCUUUUGUGGAAGGAGAACAUGAAGAAGGGUCUCAGAUGAUUUUUGCAGAGUCUGGGUUGGUUCAUAUGGGGAUAGGCAGUGCUUGAGGUAUUGAUGUCCUGAGCCAUUUAAAGCUUUAUAGGUCAAAACCAGCACUUUGAAUUGGAUCCGGAAACUAACUGGCAUCCAGUGCAGUAAGUCAUGGAUUGGUGUUAUAUGCUCAAACCAUCUUGCAUCCUGGCCACUGAAUUCUGCAGCAGCUGAAGUUUCCGAGCCAUCUUCAGAGGCAGCUCCCUGUUGCAAUAACCAUUUGUAUGGGAGUGUGGCUUUGCCCACUGUGCUCACCUAAAUUGCCCCAAGGAGCCUGCCUCUUCCAUGCGGUAGUGGCCCAGGUACUGCUUUGAGGUGCAUGCUUUAGUGAGUAUGAACCAGAACUAAAUGUUAAGUUACUGCUCAUGGUUAACAGUAAGCAUCUCCGGGAUAUCCUUCCUCAAAUUCCCUUUGGAAUAUUCUCAGGAGGAGUUGAGAAGAGGCUUGGAGAAACAUUGCCUGCCAUGGUUUUGUUUGUUGUUUUUGCCACUAUUCCUUUGCUACCUCUUUGACCAUGUGGGAUGCGGGUGGCGCUGUGGUCUAAACCACUGAGCCUCUCGGCUUGCCGAUCAAAAGGUUGGCGGUUCAAAUCCCCGUGACAGGGUGAGCUCUCGUUGCUGGGUCCCUGUUCCUGCCAACCUAGCAGUUCAAAAGCACACCAGUGCAAGUAGAUAAAUAGGUACCACUGUGGCGGGAAGGUAAACGGCGUUUCCGUGCGCUCUGGUUUCUGUCAUGGUGUCCCGUUGUGUCAGAAGCGGUUUGGUCAUGCUGGCCACCUGACCCGGAAAGCUUUCUUUGGACAAACGCUGGCUCCCUCGGCCUGAAAGCGAGAUGAGCACCACAACCCCAUAGUCACCUUUGGCUGGACUUAACCGUCCAUGGGUCCUUUACCUUUUUACCUUCAUUGACCAUGUGGAAACAGUAUGAUUCAUGGAUGCUUUGUUGCUAUAAUGAAUUAUAUAUUUCGCUAGGAUGCAAGGCUGCACGCUUCCUCUGCUAAGAGCUCCACUGAAUGCAGUGGAAAUUGCAAUUCCACAGGAUUGCAUAACCACCCCUGUUUCGACACGCAGCCUGGGGAAAAUGUCUUGGAUUACAUCUUCCCUGAACUUUGACCAACUUUGCUGACUGGGUCUGAUGAGAGUUGUAGCCCCAAACAUCUGGAUGGCAUGAGGAGGAUGGUGGACAUAUACUGUGUAUAUAAAUCCUCAUGGGGCACAGUGAACCCAUAAAUGUGGGUUGUUGUUGUUUAAAUAUGCAACUGCAUUUCCCUCAAUGUCUUGUCCUUUGUUCAUGUGCCAAAUAUAUUGUUAGGAAUGGAACUGCAUGAAGAGCUUCAUGACCUGGGAACAAAGGAAGGCUUGAAAGGAAGGAAGCUCAGCAAAGCCAUUGAGAGUUUUGCAUGGGAUAUCACUGUGUUAAAGGUAAGUACAAAAGUGACACAUUUCCUUCUCUAGAGAAUCUAGGUCUGAAACUUCUGCUUACAUCUAGCAGGAAAAGAAUAUUGAAUAUUAACAUGAUGGCAGGAAAAUGCUGAUGUGUGACAAUCAUAAAGAAGAGGAGCAUUUCAUUACAUUAAGAGAUUAAAGCAAUCCUUAGUCAAAUAAAAUUUAGUAAGAUUGGUUGUAAGCAUUUUAUAGUCUGUGGAGUUCUUUGGUUUUUCUUUGGCUUCAGGGGACAGCCAAAAGUAGAUUUGUCCUUUCUGUGAGACAGAAUUUAUUCCAGUUGCUGGGGAUUGCUGGUAGGCAGACUGCUGUUGUGUUCAUGUCCUGAUUACAAGCUUCCCUUAGGCUGGACUAGAUGGGCCAUUGGACUGAACCAGCUGGCUAAUCUUAUGUUCUUAAAAUGACUACAGGUUAUAUCCAAAGUAGCACUAUGUCAUGGUCCUUUUGGCAUAAGGUUUUCUACUAGCACAGUGCAACUUGUCGUUGCUCAUCAAAAGAGUGCAUGUUGUAAAGAGUAAAGAUCCAGACUAAGGCUUUGUCCCUAUGCACAUUUACCUGAUAAUAAGACCAAUUGAAAACCAGUGGGACUUACUUUUGAGUUGACAUGACUAGGAUUGUCCUGUAAGUCAGUUGUACUUUUGCUCUAUUAAAGUCCAAUAGGGCUUAAGUUAGUCUCAUGGUUCCAUUGGUUUCAGUUGGAUUAAAUCUUGAGUAACCUAAUCUAGAUUCAGAGCAUCAUAUUUAGUUCUAGGUGUCUCCCAGUUAGAAAUGUUCCCUGGGAGCAGGAUUUGGAAAGAUCUGUGCUUGUGAGAGCUCCUGUCAGCUGGUGUAUAAGCCAACUUGGUUUCAUUCAACAUAAGGCGGUGUUGUAUAAAUGCCAGAGCAUAUUAAAAUAAUUUGAUUAAGAUUUUUAAAAACAACAACAACAAAGUAGCAUUUUAUUUCCAGAAAUCUAGUGAUAGAUUUGGAAGUGAGUUGGGAACAUAAAGUGUGUAGGCUGUCUUGUGGAAAUGCCAACAAACGGGAUCUGAACAUAGGGAUGGAUGAAUCUGCCAAUUUUGCUUUCUCUUGGUUUUUCAUUUUUUCCAAUCUUCACCAAUUUCCUCAUCAGUUUGCAGUUAACGCCCCCUCCCUAAAAUAACCGUCCCCAUGAAAAUUCAGUAUUUUAAUCCACAUUUAUCCUAAUGUACAUAUACUUGUAUGCAAUUUUGCAAAAUAUACAUUUUUGCAAGCCAUUUCCCCUAAUAUAAUGCAUAUUUGCAUGCUAUUAUACAUUUUUUGCUGGAGAACUACAUCACAACAUUCAGGGAAGCUUCAAUUCCAAAAGCAGUUGCAUUUCGGUUUCCAUAUUGUUUUGUGAUGUUUGACUAAGGAAGAUUCCAUUAAAAUGUGAACCAAACUAGACUCUCUCCCUCCCAUCCCUAUUUGAGGGUGCCAAUGAAUGUGGGGGUAUCUUCUUAUUCAGACCUAAAUCCAGUUUAGCUAAUAAGAUUAAUACAUUGAAUGAUCUGGCCACAUUCCACCGUGUGGGAGAUGUCAGAUUCUAGGUAACCUCUACUGAGCACCAGGAACUGUUGACUCCACAGAUAACAAAUGUCUUCACUCAUUGCAAGAGGCAUCUUGUUGUUCAGUCCUGACUCAUUAUUUCAUGAAUCGCUUAAAGAACCAUGCCUCCACCCAUACUGGCAGCCAGUUGUAUCUUUUCUGUAGUGUUCCCUGAGCAAGAUAAAGGUUUGCGAGAUAGAAAGACUGAAUUUUGAAACUGUAGGAUAAAUAGAAAAAAUUGCAAACUAGUCCCUGGUUCAACAAUUAAUGUUUUCAGCUUUAAUAUAGAACUAGAAAAAUUGAAGCAAGGCAAAAAGAACUAUCUAGUUCUAUGAACUAGGAAAGUAUAUGGGCAGCAGAGAUGGAGAGUACAGGACAAGCUAUUCUAUGGACAACCAUUUUAGAGAAAGAAUAUAUCCAAUAGUUAAUUUUUAAUUUUUAAAAAAGUUUCUCCCCUCUCUCAACAAGCCCAUGUACUGUAGAUGAUUAGAAUUGCAUUCUAACACCCUGUGAACACCAUUCUGCUGAUAAAAAGAAUGUGCAGUGUGAAGAAAUGCUUUAUUUUGUCCGUCCUGAAUCUAUCAACAUCCAUCUUCAUUGGAAGUCCCCGAGUUCUAGGGUUAUGAGAGAGGGAGAAAUACAAUAUCCUCUUUGAGGUAAGGCGACUCAAACUGUCCACAACAUGGGUAGGCAAACUAAGGCCCGGGGGCCGGAUCCAGCCCAAUCACCUUCUAAAUCGGUGCUGGAAUCAGCAUGUUUUUACAGAUGUAGAAUGUGCCCUUUUAUUUAAAAUGCAUCUCUGGGUUAUUUGUGGGGCCUGCCUGGUGUAUUUGCAUGAGUAGAAUGUGCCCUUUUAUUUAAAAUGCAUCUCUGGGUUAUUUGUGGGGCACAGGAAUUCGGUUUGCUGACCCCUGGUCCACAGUAUUCCAUGUGUAACUGCACCAUGUUGUUGUUUAGUCGAUUGGUCGUGUCUGACUCUUCGUGACCCCAUGGACCAGAGCACGCCAGGCACUCCUGUCUUCCACUGCCUCCCGAAGUUUGGUCAAACUCAUGCUGGUAGCUUCGAAAACACUGUCCAACCAUCUCGUCCUCUGUUGUUCCCUUCUCCUUGUGCCCUCCAUCUUUCCCAACAUCAGGGUCUUUUCCAGGGAGUCUUCUCUUCUCAUGAGGUGGCCAAAGUACUGCAGUCUCAGCUUCACGAUCUGUCCUUCCAGUGAGCACUCAGGGCUGAUUUCCUUAAGAAUGGAUAGGUUUGAUCUUCUUGCAGUCCAUGGGACUCUCAAGAGUCUCCUCCAGCACCAUAAUUCAAAAGUAUCAAUUCUUCGGCGAUCAGCCUUCUUUAUGGUCCAGCUCUCACUUCCAUACAUCACUACUGGGAAAACCAUAGCUUUAACUAUACUGGCCUAUGUUGGAAAGGUGAUGUCUCUGCACCAUAGAUUUGUAUAAUGGCAUUAUGUCAUUGGCAGUUUUAUUUUCAAUUGUUUCCUAAUGCUGCCCAGCAUGCAUGGCAUUUGUCUUUUUCACAGCUGCCAUAUAUCAUUGAGCUAUCCAUUGCAACCACAAGGUCACGUUGCUGCCAAUUCAGACCCCUUGAGUGUAGAUGUGAAAUCAGGGUUUAUUUGCCCAGUGUGCAUACCUUUACACUUGAUUGCAUUGCCUUAUAUAGAAACCAGCUCUGCGGUAUUGUAACAAGCAGAUUACUUACAAACUCAUUUAUUAUUACCCUCUGUCAUUCCUAGCAGAGCAGGGUUGUGGCACCCAAACAUCCACCUUUGGCAGUGAUACUCCAGUGGAGCAAAACACAGCUCACUGCAGAGAUAAAAACUAGGAUGUGUUUGUUUUUUCAUUUCAGAAAUAUUCCAGAACCGCAGUGAAUUAUCUGUUCACCCCGUCUUCAUUUACACUAUAGUUAGCAUCUCUCUGAAGUGCAAUAUUUUUCUUCCUUUUAGGCAAAAAAAGGCCGCAACUGACAAUGUUAUUUGAAUUAUUCAUAAGCAGACAGAUCCUAAUGAAGAGCUCAUUUCAUACAAGCAGAAGGCUUUGCUGGUCCCUGUACUGUAAUAAACUAAAUUUUACAAUAAUAAUCCAGAAGCCACCAGACCAUAUUAAAUAUGUUUAUGUCCCCCCCCCCCCGCCCGCCCUGCUCCAUGGAUGAUUUAGAUCUAGUGGUUUUUGACAUAGGGAGGUGAACAUGGAUGACUGAUAGUGUCUUGACCCUAGGGAAUAGUCCUACUGCCUCUCCUGCCCGUGCCCCUCUGUACCCAACACUGAUUUUUUUGCCUGAGGCCAAUUAGGCUAGGCCAGAUUCUGGCAGUGGAUUUUAAAUUGUCUCUUUUAAAGAUUUGUAAAACCAAGUCAAUUGUUAUUAGAUUUGUAGAGCCCUAUUGUAUCCUUGUUUUCUGCUGACGCACUUUAUCAACGCCCCCAUGAGAGUUGCUUUUUGCUUGUUGACAGCACUAGGUUUUGCAUUUCUUAUACGAGGCUAAAAAUAGUUUUUUCCUGCAUGAUCCUAUUCAUGUACAAGACAGUGUUCUUAAUGGGCUUUGACUUGAUUGUUAUUUAGCAAUGGAAACUUCUUAGUGAACUCUACCAUAAUUUCAGGGUAGCAUCGUUGUAAUCCCAAUCUUUCCCAGGUGGUAGUUAAUCAACCCGCUUUCCCCAUGUCUCCUGGCUGCCAGCUUUUGUGUUGGAAAACAGCCACCCCAGGGGAUGAUGUAGUAAGUGUUGUCAAGCAAGUAGGAUCUGCUUCCAGUUUUUUCAAAGAAUGUGAGAUCUUCAGGUCAGUGGUUCUUUUUAUUUAGUGCUUUGUUUCCAAGCAUUUCACAACAGGAAUAUCUCCUCCCCACUCAAUUUUCCAAAGCGUUUUCUUUAAGCAUCAAUUUUAUCAUUAAGUUGUAAGCUGAAUACUUUUUUUUUUUUUUUGCAGAAAUCUUUACUUCUUUGUAAUAAAUACUUGAUUUGAAGAACCCUGCUUUAGAAAGUAGGUAGCUUUGGUCUUAGACAUUGAGAGUUGUGAUAUUUGGAAAUAAGAUGAUUGCAUGAUGCAUUAUACCAGUGAUAAGAAAACUCUGGCUGGUGGGCCUAACUAAACCUGACAGACUUUGGAAUUUGACCCAACAGGCUAUUUUGGGCAAACCACAGCCACCUGUAUGACAAAUUGAGGUUGCACAAUUAAAGUUGAUUUGGAGUUCUUGUGCAACAAGGCUGCUUCCAAAAAUUUGACUUUUUAUGAUAACAAACGUGACAGACAAAUGCACUUGAAAGUACCGGAUAACAUUUGCUGGAUACAAAGUCAUCUAAUCUCUCUGCAAACAAAUCAGAAUAGAGUGCUCAGUAAACAGGUCGUCUACAAGUGACCCCAAGUUCAUUCCCCACUUACUGGGUGACCUUGGGCCAGUCAGCAAAAUCUGCCAAACCUAUCUCAUUAGGAUUUUUCUGAGGACAAAAUGAAGUUUUACCUCGAGCUCCUUGAAGGAAAUAUUGGAUGUAAAUUAGCAAAUAAAAUAAAAUAAACAAAAAUUGAAGCUAGGUAAACAACAACAGAAGCAGUUACCUUUCAUUUGCCCUGGCAAUAAAUAAUAAUAAUUAUUAUUUUAUAAAACAUUUAGGAAACACCUGAAGGCAGCCCUUUAUAGGGAAGCUGUUUAAGGUUUAAUGUUUUACUGUGUUUUUAUAUAUUCUGGAAGCCGCCUAGAGUGGCUGGGGCAACCCAGUCAGAUGGGCGGGGUACAAAUAAUAAAUUAUUAUUGUUAUUAUUUUAAACUCUGUGUUUUCACAGGUUGUUUGUUUCCUGCUUUUAGAAUUUUAACUAGACUUUUUUUAUUUGCAGCUGUGGGUUUUUUCUAGUGCUUUCCCCCUCUGUUGUUGAUAUGAUAUAUGUAUUUGUCACUUUCACACUUAACCCUUUUAGACGUACACACUUAAACUAUAUUGCGUGUGCUCUUAAACAUGAAAUGUGUGUGACCCUUUGGCUGUGCUCUUGGAAGCAAAUUGCUCUUGAGAUCCAUAGGAGAUAACUUCCAAGUUAAAUGGGUUAAGGAUUGGAAUAUAGGCAACAUCUGUCUCAGAAUCAGUUGCACUGUUGACUUUCCGGCGGUAACAAGGAUUUAUGUUAGCCAUUAAUUUCAGUAGCUAUGACUUUGUACACAGAACACGAGCAGAGCUGUUGAGUGUAAAAGGAAUACUGCUUACAUAGAAAGUUCUCAGAGGGGUGCUUCAGAUUAUUUAAUCUCCUAGUGGAAAAUGAGGCAGCUGCAGCCUCCUUGAUAGAAGAGGACUGCUUUCCAAAGAGCAUGGGGCUGUCGUUUUUAUACUUCCAGUCCUCUUGAAUAUACUACCUGUAUAUCUUGGGAGUAUAUCCUGCACAUGGUUGUCCCUCUAUUUGAAAUGAUGACAUUUUUAACUAGGGCAUGAACAUCAAAGCUUUGCUCCUGCAGAGCACUAAUUAAAGGAAGCAAGGCAAGGUGGCAGAAAGGAAUGCUGUUCAUUUACAUCAGUUUAAAGGCUACAGUUGGCAUAGAAAAGCCUGCACAAUCCAGGCUGCAAAUAUAUAACUUUAAAGUAUGUGGAGAGUUCCUGGUGAAAUCUCAGAAUAUGAUGACCAGUAUUAUGCGGGGCACUAGUGAGUAAGCUCCUUCACCCAUCAACAUGACUGGCAAGAUAAAUGGUGCAGAAUGGGCAGUCAUACGGAUUUGCCCAAAUUGCAUCAUUUAUAUAUUCGAGAAAAGACUUUUUUUAAAAAGCAUUGUGAUUUCUUCCUGAACGUGGAGUAGAUGCAACUUUGAUGAACAAUAUUUGAUAAUGCUUCUAAGGUGCGUGAGCAGUGAAGAGCAAGAAGCUGUUCUUUGUUAGAUGUGCUUAAUGCAGGGCUCAGCAAACUUAGCGCGCCUUGGGCCGGUGUCUCCAACGCCGAUCGUGCGGAGGGCAGGGGAGCGCGUGCCCAUAUGCGUGCGCACACACUAUUUCCGGCGCACUUCUGGGUCGGAGGAGCACUGGAAAUAGCUUGUGUGCAUGUGCAUGGGCCUCCUCCAACCUGGAUGUGCACAGGAAAUAAUGUGCAUGCACAAAUAAUGCUUGCGCAUGCGCACAAGCUACUUCCGGUGCUCCUCUGACCUGGAAGUAGGCAGCCGCACAGCGCAGCGCCAAUAAGAGUGGGCGGCGGCAGCGGGCGGCGGGGGUUGUCACGGGCUGGAUAAACAAGUCCUUUGGGCCUUAUCCGGCCUGCGAGCCUUAGUUUGGGGACCCCUGGCCUAAUGUUAUUUCAGCCUCUUUUAAACAUGAAAAGCCACCUCUCAAUGCGCAAAGAGAAUAGGAGCGCCAGUGGGGUGUGUGUAUACACAACCCAUUUCCCAAUCUAAAUUACCUACUGGUGGCUCCUGAACCGCAGGGGAGUCCAAAUGUGCAUUUGCCAGUACAGUCGUACCUUGGUUCUCGAACGUAAUCCAUUCCGGAAGUCCGUUUGACUUCUGAAAACGUUCACAAUCCAAGGCACGGCUUCCAAUUGGCUGCGGGAGCUUCCAGCACUCAAUCGGAAGCCAUGGAAGCCGCAGAGGACGUUUGUCUUCCAAAAAAGGUUUGCAAACUGGAAUACUCACUUCCGGGUUUGCGGCGUUCGGGAGCCAAAAUGUUCGAGAACUAAGCUGUUCCAAAACCAAGGUACGACUGUACUGUAUCUCAAAGUCCAGAGGUGGAGUGAUUUGGAAUAAGGAAACAGCAGGCAUGGAAUUGUUGAGCCCCUACCCGCAACAUAUGAUCUUCAGUAUCAGGUUACUCCUCCAAAGGCAGCUUUUCCUGUUUAAAAGGGUUGCCAAGGUAAUGUUAUCCGAAUCUGUCCCUUUUUGUACAGCUUUAUCUUUACAGUAUAUUUGUGGUCAUUUGGCGCUUAUAAAUAUCCUGUUGUCCAUUAGUAAUGGUCUUAUCUCUGAAGAGCUGGGUUUAAUCACACAGAUGUAUUAUUGCAAAAACACGUAAUGCAAUUUUAAAUUUCAUGAUCAUUUGCCUUAAAAGCUAAAAAUACGUCUCUGGGAGUACUGGUUUUAUCUUCUCAUCUCUGAUGGUCCUUCUUUUCUCCAGUUAGAAAUGAAAUUAACUUAACAUGAAUUACUGUACUUUUAAAUAGAUCCUUUAAAAAAAAGCAAUUGAUGUUCUGAGAUCCCAUGCUAGCAUAAACAGUACUGAAUAAACAAAUGUAUUUUUAUGCUGGCGUGGCUUCCUGAGCAGGCCUUAAAAAUAAGAGCCAUCAUGCUGCCCCAAUAAAAUAACAUCUUGGGUUUAAAUAAAAUCAAUACUACUAUACUGUGUUAAAUUGAUGGGAGACUUCCUUCUUUGUGGAAGGAUACUUUCUCUGGAAAUCAUUUGACAGCCUGGAAAUCAUUUCACGUGAAUGUAGUAGGUAGGUUGUAGGUAAGUAGGUAAGGUGGCAAAAUGUUCCUGGACUGUAUUAGGAACAUUUGGCAGAUGGGAAUUGAGUUGUCACGUGACUGAAUAAUGCCCAUGUAAAACAAAAUUAUGUGCACAACAAAAUUAUGUGCACUUAGAAAACGAGCAUCUCAGGAAGACAGCUGGGCUGGAACAUUUCUUCCCAAUUACAAGCUUUCCAUGUGCAGAGAGCUUUUUGUAUCAUCAAGCACUUGGUAACAACAACAACAACAACAAGAUAAUGCAACCAUAACACUUUCUCUCCUGACAAUCACUUGAAUCUAUCUUCAAACAUAACAUAGGAGCGUCCUGAUGUUUACUGUUACAACCAGAAGAGAUCUCCCAUGCUUGACCUCCCAAGAACGGUAUGUCGAGCUGUUUGCUGCAUGAGAAUUGCUUUGUGCCAAGAAGGAAAUGUCCCUGUAAUUGGGUUAGAUAUCAGAGUAGUCACUUCAAAGUAGUCAUAGCAAUCACUUUAGAAGUGUAGAGAAGGGAAGCUUCUUAACUGUUUACCCAACAAGGAGAAAGCAUAAGAGGAAAGAGUGAAAUACUGCAGUGUCGAUUACCAAAUUGGCCAGGACCUUACAAGAUUUGCCUGGAUUCCACAGGUGUCAAACAACUUUCCUGCUGCCCAUACCCAACUAUAUCUUCACUGUGCAGGGAUAAUUUUUCAUCUUUGAGCCUUGAAUCUGGACAAAACCUUUAUUUUUGUUUGCUUCUUAUUGCUUCCUGACCAUUUGGGGUGCUUAGCUGUGGCAUGUGAGUGGCAGGUGGGGAUUGGGAGAGCCUCUAGUUUACACAGAUGAAACAAAAGCCUUGUAAUAUUGUAUUGGAUUCGGAUGGCUCAAGACCAAAGAGCAGCUGUUUUACUGCUGCUGUUUCUCCAGCUACGGUGAGACUGACAGCUUUUAUGAGCUCUUAAGGUAGAAGGUGUUGAAGAGGAUUUGUACCAGAGCUGUCAGAGUCGCUAAACUGAUCAAAGGAUUACAGUGCUCUCGAUAAAAAGGAGGCUUUACAGUAAAAACAAUGCUAGAAAAUGCCAGUCAUUUGAAUUUGUAUCCUUGACAGCUUACAGCUAGCUUUAAAUAGGUCAAGUGAACCAGAGAAUGUCAAGAAGAGCAUAGAGCAGUAAAGCCUCUGUUCAUUCCUUCUGCUAAUAGUUUUUUGUUUUGUUUUGCUGUUUAAAGAAGCGCUGCCUGCCCAAACUUCACAGAGAGGCAAUCCCUGAAGGCUUCAAUUUAUUUUUAGGCAACAAUAGGAAAAAGGUGACAACUCCUACGUCAGAUGUGCUGUGAGAGAGUCAUCUGAGUGCAUAACAGAGAAGCAUCAGACACACUGAUCCCAGGAGGGGCUGGUGCAGAAUAGCAGGCUAGGCUGUCAUAUUCUCAUCUUUAGGUUCACCAUGCAAUUCUCUGGUGAGAACGGAGAUAGUUGUUUCUGGAUUCACAUUAUUGGAUGGAUAAAACCUUGAAAGUUCUAUAUACAGGCACAAGAGCAGGCAUCUUUCAAGUCUCUUUCUGUCUAAGGCAGCCUUUCUCAAUCUGGUGCCCUUCAGGUUAUUAUGGACUACAACUUCCAGUAUACAUGGCCACUAGCCCAACUGUCUGGGGGUGAUGGGACUCGAAGGCCAAAACAUCUGGUGGUACCAGAUUGAAGAAGGGACGAGGUUUGUUCCAGAAUGAGAAAAGAGAGGCAGGCAAAACAAACAAACUCCUUUGCAUUUCACACCAUCUUUUCCCCCUAUGUUUUGCAUGUUACACCUGUGGUAAUCUGGGUAACGUCAAGGAGUUGAGGUCAAUCCCAGCUUCUAGAUGAAUGUUGUAUAUGCUGCUGUUAGUGAUCUCAACGCUCUGAGUGCUGUCUUUGUGUAGCCAAAAUGGCACCAUCCAUGAUAAGAGGGGAGGUAUCAGCAGACUCAGAGUUCCUCUGAGGUUUGGAGAAGUACAAAAAACAUUGUAGGCAUUGAAUGCAGCGUCAGGAUUGGCAAAAGGAACAGGUGUGAUGAAAUAGCAUGGAGCACCUGGAAUCCCAAACAGAAGUACCGCAUCAUUAUCUUGCAGACCCCACUGGUACCUGUAUAAUAUAUAUUCUUGUUAUGGUCACAUUUCACAUUUUAGACCUAUCAGUAUUCAGCUAAAAUAAUCUGUGAGCUGAACCUUAGUUAAAGUUUUGUGCUUUGCUGUUGUCGUGAUAUCAGCAUUUAUAUGUUGUUGUAAUGAUGAACUAGGAAAGAACUAUAUUAGAAACACAUCAAGAUUCAGUUAUUGAGUCCAGUGGAGAUCCUGAGGAUUAAGACAUAUUGUAGACUUCAAAUUCACUUCUACUUUUCUUGAGAAACAGAUAUUCCAAUUUUUGAGGUCUACAGAUUGUCAUUUUUAGUUACAUUUGACAGGCUAAUACACAAUAAGUUAGCUUGCAUAACAAGGUCAUAGGGAAAAAAUCCUUUGCAUUUAAGCCAGUUCUCAUUUUGGCUGUAAAAAUCUUGCUUGACAUAGCAAAACAAGAAUCUUGCACUGUACCACUGAUCUCUAAGAACUCACCAUAGGUUCUGGCACAGAAUUUUGUUUAAAGCACAGUGGCAUAAUAUAGCAUGAUGUUUUAAUUGGCUUUUAUUACUGAGGUCCAAAAUCUUUGGUGGUCAGCCAAGCCAUCUUACAUUACUCUGAAGUGAGAAUAAAUUGGUAGCAUGCUGUUGUUGAUGGCUGCUCUGAAUUUUGGCUAAUAAGCCAAACUAGGAGAAGCUAAAUAUUAGCUAGAGAGUAGCUAGGUAGAGGUUGGGUGGUUAACUGUCCACUUUUAAGAUACGGAGCUAAGGUUCUAUCCAGUGAUACCUUUGGACUAAUGGAACAUGCUUCUAUUCAUGUAAGGUGUUGCACCCAAUAUUUGCUGAUUAUUUAAUGCAGUUCUAUGCACCAUAUUCCAUGAGCUCCUGCAGGGUCUUCCAACCUUUUGGAGCAACCUUUAGUCUAGCUUGAUGAUUUCUACAUGUUAAUACCAAAACUUUCCAUUUCAGUUAUCUAUUUUUUAAAAAAAAUAUACAGGCUGAGGACUUACCUUCUCUAGGCUUAUAUUUCUGAUUUUACCCUCACCAUCUAUCAGGCAUCUGGUCAUUUGGCUUUGUUUGUUUGUUUCAGUACCAAAAUUGUGACCACAAUUUUGCCUUGGUGAUGGAUGUAUCUUUCAUUGCCUGCUCUGUGACUUAGAGAUACUCAGUUUACAGGUGGUUAUCUUCCCAUAGGGACGCGGGUGGCACUGUGGUCUAAACCACUGAGCCUCUUGGGCUUGCCGAUCAGAAGGUCAGUGGUUCGAAUCUCUGACGGGGUGAGCUCCCUUUGCUCUGUCCCAUGUUUAGUACAGAUGUUUUUAGACUGCCUUCUUCCAACAUCUGGAAAAAGAAGCUGAGAUACACCAUGUCUUAAUUAACUGAAGGUGUUGCAGCAGGCAAGACAGCUGCGCUUUCUCUCUCUCUCUCUCUCUCUCUCUCUCUGCCUCUUCAGUUGCUCAGAUUUUGCCUUGGGCCUUGAAACAGCCAGUUAGCAGUACAGCGAAUUCUCUCCAGACUAUUAUGGAAUUAGCCAAACUAAUCUUCUCUGCUUUAAUAGGCCUGUUUAAUCAUAAUCCACAGUCCAGGCCUUUCAGAACUGAGGAAAGCAUAAAGCCUCAUAAUUAACUUGUUUAAGAUUCUUUUGUUGUAGGAUGUCUGAUUUUGCACUUUAAAUAAAGUGAAAGGGCUAUUUAAUAUACAGCUCUCAGUGAAAGCUUAAGUUUAGGCACUGAAAAUCUUUGCCAUGUUUAACAAUGUUAAGGACUGUAUAGAUACAAUUGCAUGUGGCAACCAUUGAUUCAGGAAAUUGUGUAACAAAGCCUUUUACUUGUGAUGCAGUUCCAAAUAUGUUCAGAUGUUCAAUGUCAAGGAAAUAAAAUCUGACGGGUAAUUGACAUGUAUGUAGAUUACAGGUUGGUUUCAUCUUGCUAGCUGUUUUGUACCUUUAGCUUUGUGACAGCUUCAUAAGAGUUAUUGUCUAAAUUGUGUAAAUACAUAUUCCAGUGUGGAGAAUAGUUAAGCAGGAAUUCACUUCACCCAUUGAGCGCCAGAGUUCAUGUCUUAAACAUGCAAAUAGAACCCCUGUGGCUCAGAUCAGUGGCUGGAAGCUGUUAAAGGAGUCAGAUGCUAUGAAAUGACCUCUAGCUUAUGGCUGCUAAGAUUUUUCCUUGAUUAUUUGAACGGUUUCUCUGCUGCCCCUCACUGAUGGCCCACAGAUUAAAUCCCAUGUGUUGUCUCUCUUGUUCACAGCCUGCUUUUGUUUUGAUAGGGGAUACUAAUGAAUGAGUCCUAUCUCAUGUGGGAAGGAUGGAAAAAUGGGUGGGGGGUUGUUAAUUCCAGCUGUUGGGUGCUAUAAGCCCUGCCUCUGGCAACUCAUUUCACCUGUUCUUGAAAUGUAAGCAACCCUCUUAAACCCCUACUCUUUCACUGUCUCUGUUCUUUUCUCCUGUUGUCACUUUUGAAAAGCACACAAAUCUGGGCAACCAAAAUGGUCAAAGGCCUGGAAACGAUGCCUUAUGAGGAACGGCUAAGGGAGCUGGGCAUGUUUAGCCUGGAGAAGAGGAGGUUAAGGGGUGAUAUGAUAGCCAUGUUCAAAUAUAUAAAAGGAUGUCACAUAGAGGAGGGAGAAAGGUUGUUUUCUGCUGCUCCAGAGAAGCGGACACGGAGCAAUGGAUCCAAACUACAAGAAAGAAGAUUCCACCUAAACAUUAGGAAGAACUUCCUGACAGUAAGAGCUGUUCGACAGUGGAAUUUGCUGCCAAGGAGUGUGGUGGAGUCUCCUUCUUUGGAGGUCUUUAAGCAGAGGCUUGACAACCAUAUGUCAGGAGUGCUCUGAUGGUGUUUCCUGCUUGCCAGGGGGUUGGACUCGAUGGCUGACAUGCAUUCUAGAUUUUACUUCUAAGGCCUUAAAAGGAAUAACUUUAUACUGCUGUUGCUCCAUUUUCUUACUUCCCAGUUCUGAAUACAUAACUUACUGUCUUGGCUACUGUGAUGGGUGAACCACCCUCAGGUUGUGUAAGCUUUGGCUUGGAAAUCAGCCAAGUUACUUUUCCCAAAUGAAAUAGCUAGACUGAUUUCUGAGUCAAAGCAGAAUCCUCGACCCAAGCACCCUGUUCUCCGACACUUUAACACUACCUACUGGUCAAUCCAGUGACAGAGCCGCCAGUGGCACUCCAGCCACUGGGAGGCAAAGAAAAUGAGGUCUCUCCCUCCUUUUCCUUCCCGGCACCUGGCAUGUUACACCAGUGUGCCAGGACAAAAGGUUACAGGGGUCCGUGGGAAAGUGAUUUCCCCAGGGCUACUUCAGUACCGCCUUCCUUAUCUCUCGUAGUGCCUGGAGCAUCCGUCUUAUUGCUGCCAGGCUGGUGGUCAGGAAAAAGUGUUUUAAAAGAGGUGGGUGGGAAACUGGGGGGAGGGGGGAGGCUGAGUGGAAUGGGAGGGGGCAAACCAAGAAUUCUGAUUUAGAUGGUAAUCUGAGCUGGAGAACAAUCCAGGGCCCUUAAUGUUCAUUGAAACAAACAUUACUAGCAACUCUAUCUAGUACUCCUUUGUGGUGUGCUUACUAUAUAUGCAGAUGGUUGCUUUGGCAAGUUCCUUGAAGGAAAGUCUGGAAGAGCGUGAGUCAUCAUUAGGCAAAGCAGUGGCUCACCAGGGAGCAAAUAAAUGCCAAACGCAACCUCCUGAACAGUAUCUCAACUGAAGUAGUCAUCGGGGAUGGGCUCAGAAAUACCACCAGUGAUUCCUCUUUUAUCCCUAGCUUUACAUAUGCCCACAAAUGCGUAUACGUAAGAGGCUGAUUGUCAUUCUGUGCCUGCAAAAGCACAGAUCUGUGAGUCGGUUGCGCAUCAGAUGUGUCCUCAGUGUAGGUGAAACCAACCUGUGUGAUUUGUGUGGUACACUGGUGCUCUCAUGAUCACAUAGUAGUAUGAAGGCAUGUGUUUCAUUUCUGCUUUUCAGCCCUUAGCGGGGCCAUAGCUUGCCAGAUGGCCUCAGCAAAACCAUGUUGCUUAUAUUUAUAGAUGGCGGUGACUUCAAUAUCGUCUUCUUUGAAAAAAUAGCCCUCCUUAGUGACCUCAUCCUCCACCCAAUCAGAUUUGACUACAGUGAUCAUGUUUGCCCUCCGUUUUGUCGUCAUGUAACCCAAUAGGAUUGGCUGUGCAAUGAUGUCGCUGUGACUUAGGACGGUUAGUUUUCAAACCAAAAUGGUGCUGAAAUAAAAUGGUGUAUAAAUGUUUGCUGAGCCUUCUGGACUGGAACCAUGGAGAAGCUGCUAGUGAAGUCCAGUUACUUUGAGCUACCUGAUCAGGUAUCGCCCACCUAAAUGUGUGUUGGAGGAUGUUCCCUCUGGAGAUGACUGUUCGGAAGAUAGCCUUCUUGAAAAAUUGAUGAAAGGGGGAGUGUGUUUUGUUCAAGGGAAUGGUGUUUGCCAAAUGUUUCCACCUUUUAUAUAAGCCCUUUACUAUUUUAUUAAAAUAAUAAUAAUAAUAAUAAAAAUAAUAAUAAUAAUUUAUUAUAUAUACCCCGCCCAUCUGGCUGGGUUUCCCCAGCCACUCUGGGCGGCUCCCAAUCGAAUAUUAAAAACACAAUACAGCAUUAAACAUCCUACUGUAUCAUCCUAUCAGACACUGUCUUUAACCUUUUCUUACGGUUUGAUACUUAUUUCUAGACUCUAUGAUAACAUCAAUAGCUAAAGAAGCAGGAGCCUUCGAAGGCUAGGAUAGAGGAAUGUGAUUUUUCUUUGUCUGACAGAAAUAAUGAGUUCUUUAUGUGUGUCUCUGUGUGUGUGUGUGCCAAGAAAAUGGUUCUGUGCCCUCAGGUUAUUGCAGUGACUUAUUUCCAGGGGUUAUUUCGGUUUAACCAGAUUUUUGGAACUAACCCCACAUUCUUUCUAGUAUUUGGUUUUGUUAAGGUGUUGACAUAAUUUUGCUGGCACCCCCCCCCCUUUUAAGUAGAUUAUAUUCGCAACCAAUUUUCUCAAAGCAAACAGAUGGCUUCUCAACAAGAGCAUGUCCGCGGAAAUUAUCCCUUGCAGAAGUAUAACAGCAUUGCCACAAGAGACCUAUGUUUGUCAUUCAUUUUCUUGUGAGAUGUUACUCAGAACCAUUAUUUGCUUCCUCACCUUGCUCACAUGAAGCAGGGGUGUGUGUGUGUGUGUGUGUGUUUUCCUCAAAGGCCAACAAAACUUUAAUGAAAAUUGGGGAGUGGGGAUGUACAUAUCAAAUUGCAAUAUACAUUGUCAUUGCAAUUUGAAUUGGGGAAUGUUUUUCUUUCUCUCUCCUAAAAUUAAAACGCAUAAAACUAAAAGCAGGAGGAUUUAGGACAGACAAAAAAAGUGCUUCUUCACAUAGUGCAUAGCAGAACUAUGGCAUUCGCUCUCACAAGAGGCAGAGAUGCCCACCAACUUGGACGGCUUAUUUACGGAGGAUAGGGACACGGGUGGCGCUGUGGGUUAAACCACAGAGCCUAGGACUUGCCGAUCAGAAGGUCGGUGGUUCGAAUCCCAGCGAUGGGGUGAGCGCCCGUUGUUCGGUCCCAGCUCCUGCCCACCUAGCAGUUCAAAAGCACGUCAAAGUGCAAGUAGAUAAAUAGGUACCACUCCGGCAGGAAGGUAAACGGCAUUUCCGUGUGCUGCUCUGGUUCGCCAGAAGCGGCUUAGUCAUGCUGGCCACAUGACCCGGAAGCUGUACGCCGGCUCCCUCGGCCAAUAAAGCAAGAUGAGCACCGCAACCCCAGAGUCGGCCACGACUGGACCUAAUGGUCAGGGGUCCCUUUACCUUUACCUUUAUGGCUACUAUUCUUGAGGGUUAUGUUCUGCCUCCACUGAAUGAGUCAGUAUACCUCUGAAUUCCAGUUGUUGGAAAUAGCAGGAGAGGAGAAUGCAUGCAGGAUUCAUGCAGCCAUCUGCCUGAUUUAGCAUGGUUCUUCUUAUGUUCUUGAUGUUUUAUUUUUUAAUUGCUGAAGCGGUAGGUAAUAAUAAUAAUAAUAAUAAUAAUAAUAAUAAUAAUAAUGUGUAUGCUAAGGUAAAGUGUACGCACUACUUGGCUGGAGAACUGCAUUGCAAAAUUUGGAGAAGGGCAACUUUUGAAGAAUGGCUGUCCUUCAGUUCACAAACUGUUUUAUAAAGUGCAAAUUAGGUAGAUUUAUGAAUGUGAGCUGAAUCCAAUUUUUCUCCCAUCCCCAGGCCAAAUCUGUAGAAAACAGACUACAAAGCAAUAUUAACUUGAGCAGGAAAACGCUUUCCAAAUUUCCUUCAAAAAUUCUGUACAUGCCACUCUAAGAACAAGGGACUUAAAUAGAAUAAAAUCUAUGUAACGGCAAUGUGAAGGAUUAUAUGUUUUAGAUUUGUGGUGACCAGUAUAGCCCUGAUAUUUUUUUAGUGCUCAAACUGAAUUGCUUUACAUCCCUCUGUCGUGACUGAACUCUGAGAACAGUCUUGUUAGAGCCAUCAGUUGACAAGAAAUCACUGCAUUUCAUCAAUGAUGCAAUGCCAAUCCAUCUGUCUACCCAUGGUAUUUAGCUUUGAUCAACAUGGGAGUAUAUGAAUGAUUCACAAACAUUUAUGAUUGCCAGUUAGUUUAUUGCAUGAUCCCCAGGUAAUCCAGUGAUACAAUCUGUUGCUGGCAGCUUCAAAACAGGAAAUCGUAGGGUGAUUUUCUGGGAUGAUCAUUCAAUACAACAAUAACAAAUGCAAGAUGAGUGGCCCUUACAACUUUAAUCCCUGCUCCUGGGUCUCAAUGAAAGAUUUGGAUUCUAUCCAUCCUAGAGACUAUCUUACCUGUAUCUCUAUCUAUCUAUUUAUCUAUCUAUCCAUCCAUCCAUACACAUACACAUAUUCACAGAUGCUUAUCUGCGCUUUCUCCAUAACUGAAGCAGAUCUGCAGAUCAUAAUGUCUGAUUGUCUCUUACAUGAGUAUUUUCACUUCAUGUCCAUGUAUUUAGUGUGCAUGGAUGGAACGGAAACACUGUGUGCAGUUACACUGUGUUAUAAGCUACCUAUAGGUUUUGUGCUCAUACCUACAUGCUCUCUUUGUAGGAGUCGUGAAGCAGUUGACCAGUUAAAGCUGUAAUGAUAUUUAAAAGAAGUCUGGCAUAAAGGGCUGGAUGGGCACAGAAAUCACACUAGAGCCAUCCUGUUGAACAGGGGCUCCUUUGUAUCACUAAGUUGUUUAGCAGAAUGACUGAAUGACCCCGGACGUUAUCAGUUUGUGAUGCAAUCUUAGCUCAUGCUGGUAUAUCUAGUUGCUAUUGUUCCCAAGCAUUGUUUACUGGUUCUGAACCUUGCCAGCUACCAUUGUCUCUCUCAACUUGUUUGCCAGGACUGGAGUAAUGGGGCGAAUGCAGAAUCACAUGGCAUGUGUCAGUGCAUCAUCGAGUCACAACAGGUUCUCACCGAGUGCCAAAUUUUGCUAAAAGGGGGGGAUUGUGCAUGAGCUGAGUGAUGGCAGAUGUCUGCAGGUUUGCACUGAAUGUGGCAAAAAUGUAUUUCUCACGCUUCUUGAGAUUGUUCCCUUUGGUCAUUUGCAGGUUCGUAUUCCACACCACGCUGGGAUCAUUCUCUGUGGGGAGAAAAAGGUGAAUUGUAAUGAUUGUAAGAAAUAUGGUGGUCACAGUGCACAGAUGCACAGUAGCAACAGGAUAUUUCCUCUCUUGUGUUCCGGUUCUAUCCUUUGCGGAGAAUGUGGUGAUGGGCUGAAAUGUCUAGGCUAUGCGAAUACUGGCAUCAUUGCAUUGUGCUGCUUCCUUGCCUGCUCCACAUCACUGGCAAUGCAGGUGUGGGCAUGGAGUUUUCUGUGGGCAUAGAGCUUCUGUUUUUGGAAGCAAUCCUGUGUUUCCUGGAAAGGUGUAAGCCCUAACCUUCAUUUAUUUGAAUUGUUCUCUUCUGCCCUUCAGCUAGAACGCGAAGCUUACAGUUACGUCUGUGGGAGUUGUGCUUGACAGAUUUCUCCAUUCUAUUUUUAUGGCUAGUGUUUUUAAGGACCUGCAUGCCUUUGAUCCUCGGUGGCUGCAGUGCUCUUCUAAAAUGUCCCCAAAGAGGAGCUUUUCUGUAGGGAUGCUUACAGAUUCCUCCCCAUGUGAAUUUCUCACGCAAUUUUGUGGUUCCUGGUGACCUGGUCUUGUCUCCAAAGCAGCAUCAUUACUCUCAUGAUCUGUCCAGCUAAUGCCAAAAACCGAAUCUAAAAGCUGCCGGAACUCUGUCAAAGUGCUGGGAUCUGGUUUUGAGUUCCAGACUUAAGUUCAGAUGGCUGUGCAUGCGCAGUUUGCCAUAGUUUGGUUUGCAUUUUCCUGCCUUAUAAGAUUGCUGACAUGCACAUAUUCAUUGAUUAAAUAAUCACAGCACUGAAAUUCAUUCUUUCUGGUUCACAAGACCUUCUCCUUCAUGUGCUGAACGUAGCAGAGUUACGCCCACUGGAGAUACAUCAAGCAGUUGUGUGAAGGGACCCCAUCUGAGGCCCUUUACAUCACCACCAAAGCACUUACAUGUGCUUUCUCUGUGUGGAGGUUUGGGGUGGUGAUGGUGAACCUUUCUGAUGUGAUUGCAUCAUUGCAUGGAUUGGGUUUUUUUUUAGUUUUGCACUGUGAUUUAGUUUAUUAAUGUGUUUAUUCCUUGGUGCGCGCCAGUAACCUGUACUACAGUAAACCGUAUGUGCCAAUUCCAAAAUUAAUUUUGGAAACUUUGCAAGCUGACCUAGAAGGCAAGGGGAAUUAGGAAUGUGGGACAAAGUGAGCCUACAGGCUAAAAACAGAAUGGAACGGGGAAAAUAUGUUCAUUACAGCUUUUCUGGAGUUUGCUAACCCCCCACCUCAGUAAGCCCUUUAGUUGAAAUGUUGAAAAAAAAAUCUGAUUAUUUUGGGAUCCACUCUUGAUUUUAUAUAAAACUAUUGAAUGAUUAUACCAUAGAUACUAUUACAACUGAAAAAAUUAACAAGAAUAGAGGGUGUAAGUGUUCGUUCUGAUGCUGGCUCAGUGUUUCAGCUGAUUAACAAAUGUCUACUCUGGUUUGAUUCUUAGGUUCUCCAAAGGUGCUUUCCCCCCCUUAAGCAUUUGCUCUCAGCAGCAUUGUCCAGACAGGAGUCAGCUUCAUCAGUCCAAAGCAUGGGUGUACAUGAUUAAGAACUGUUCUUUUCAAUAGGAUUUAAGGCACCGUUUUGCUAGUUGGAUUUUGUCCAUUUUCUCUAGUGUCAGGAGAUGGGUUAAAGAGGCGUUAAUAACUCACUUGAAUUGCUAACAGCUCAUAACGUAUUAAAUCUGAGAGACCAGCUGCAUCCACUAUCAUUCACUCUUGGGUGAGACGAGUUGUCUGUGCAUGUUAUGCUGUGACAAAGUGUAUGUGUUUGUGUGUGAGAGAGAGAGAGAGAGAAAGAAAGAAAGAGAGAGAGAGAGAAAGGAAAGACAGCCCUUCUUUAUCUUUUUAAGGACUUGCAUGAUUCACGACUCAUCUUCUUUCUGUGUGCUUGUUGUGUAUUCGUAGGGACAAGGUGAUCUACUGAAGAACGCCAAGAACGAAGCCAUAGAGAACAUGAAGCAGGUCCAACUGGCUUGUUUGUCAUGUGGACUCAGCAGAACCGGGAUUUUGGAUGCCAAGUCCAAACGGUGCCUGGAGGCAAUAGAAGAAAAGGAGACUGGCGAUGAGAAUGGGAGGCUGUGAAAGAAGACCAUCGCUGUCUGGCAAUGGCAUAUAUUUCAAUAGCCCGAAAUUAUUUUUUUAACACAUUUAGAAAGAGAAAAGACCGCACUAGAUUGCCCUCUACCGGAUAUCAGAAGUAUUAAAAUCCUCACAAUGCCAGUGUUUUAUUUGAGUUCAUUUAUCCAAGUUUAAACUCUUGAAGUAGUGAUAUUUCUAAUAAAUCCAAGCUCUGUGUGUGUGUGUGUGUGUUUGUGUGGGGAGAUCUAGUAAAUGCUCUGUCAUGAAGUUACAUUGUUAGCCCUUUUCCUUAUUUAUUUUAUUAUCUUUGAUCAGAGUUUUAUCCAGUGCUUUUUUUUCUUUAAAAAAUGUUUAGGGGUACUCUCAUUUUCCUACUCAUAUUGAAAUACUGCCCCUCAACGAGGACAAACUUAGAUUCAUAAAAUGUUUAGAGGUAUGCGUACCCCUGCGUCCCCCCAGAAAAAAGCACUGGUUUUAUCAUUCUGAAGAUCUUGGUGGACAGAGAGACUGCAUAACACAUUAGUUUUAAUGCUUCUUUAUACCAUACUGUUGCUUUAGUGGCAGCUUCUAAUAAACUGUGCUGUUCCAACUAUGUAAUACAGAUUUUACCAGCAGAAGAAAGCACACUCAUGAACCUAAUCUUUUAUUGGCAUGGAUGAAUAAUGGAUUCCUCAGCAUAGUGGGAAUGCUAAAUAAUUAAUUUACCUAUUAAAUUAAGUUCAUGAAAUAUUAAACAAUCAGAAUUCUUUUGGAUAGAUCUCAAUGGGACUUCUGAUGAACAUUCCACUAACUUCUUUUUUUUUGGCUAAUCAUGAUUUGAAAUGCACUCAUAUUAAUAGAAUAAAUUGGCCAUUUUGUUUCAUGCAAGGAAGCCAGGGUUGUAUUUCAGCUCUGCAAAAUUAGGGAUGGAGUGAUUUCCAAGCUUUGGUUCUGAAAUGUGAGAUAUCAAAUAUUCUUUUAGACAUAAUAGAAUACGAAGGUGCUCCUUAGUAACUCUGGAAUGUUUCCCAGCGUCAUUACCUGAAGGAAGUUUAUACAAACUGUGAGCUUGAGAUAAAGCUCAAAGAACUUCAUUCUGCUUACUUUGUUCCUAUGAACAAUCCCGCAUAAAACUAGCAAGGGCUAUUUCUCAGGAUACAUGUCAAACAUGGGCCUGCAUUCAAACGGAAGUUACGCAUCUGGCUAGGAAUACAAGUACAGUGGUACCUCUGGUUACGUACUUAAUUCGUUCUGGAGGUCCAUUCUUAACCUGAAACUGUUCUUAACCUGAAACACCACUUUAGCUAAUGGGGCCUCCUUCUGCUGCCGCUCCGCCAGAGCACGAUUUCUGUUCUCAUCCUGAAGUAAAGUUCUUAACCCGAGGUAAUAUUUCUGGGUUAGCGGAGUCUGUAACCUGAAGCGUAUGUAACCUGAAGCGUAUGUAACCUGAAGCGUAUGUAACCUGAGGUACUACUGUAUUUAAAAUGCAUCUCUGGGUUAUUUGUGGGGCCUAGGAAUUCGUUAUUAUUAUUUUCAAAAUACAGUGGUACCUCAGGUUAAGUACUUAAUUCGUUCCGGAGGUCUGUUCUUAACCUGAAACUGUUCUUAACCUGAAGCACCACUUUAGCUAAUGGGGCCUCCUGCUGCUGCCGCUGCGCCGCCACUGCACGAUUUCUGUUCUCAUCCUGAAGCAAAGUUCUUAAGCUGAAGCACUAUUUCUGGGUUAGCGGAGUCUGUAACCUGAAGCGUAUGUAACCUGAGGUACCACUGUAGAGAUAACAUCAUGGAAUGAUGCUACUCAGAAGAAAGACUUGCUGAACUGCCGUUGCUCUGCAGUUCUCAAGUCUUUUCUCUCUAGCACUAGUUGUGUGUGGUGUUAUUCUCUCAGCGUGUCUUUUCAGGGAGAGUUGUGAGAAUAAACUCACACUUUUAACAUGAGAAGCAGACCUAAGGCAAACACACAAUAGCCUUAUUUUGCUAUGUCCAAGGGCAGGCACACAAUGAAAUAUAGCUGGUGGAAGAGAGGGAUGAUCUGGUGAGAGCUGAGUGGUUGAAUGAAACUCUAAUCUGACCAGCUAUUGGAAAUCACACGAUCAAACUUACCAUGUUACUAAGUGGAGUGUUAUGCGUAUUGAUGUCAUUAUAUAAAUACACUAAUUUGCUGGGCUGUGACAAAGCUGGCAGUGCGUCAACAAUGGUGCAUGAGUCACAUGACGAUUCCAGCGCAAACAUAGCUCCUCCCCAGUCUACUCAAGUCACAUUUCCACCACGCCAGUGUGAUUUGGUGAACGUGAUGUGCUAGAAAUUAGAAGGAAUUUGACAGAAGGCAUAGUAGCAGAAAUAAAUAGCUUGGGAAAUUUAAUGAUUGCCAGUGAUUCUCAACUUCAUGCUGAAACUGUUGGCUGCUAGGGUUCUGUCUCUUGGUGAAGCUGGAGGCCAUAAGCAAACCAAAAACAAAAAGUCUUCAUUUUACCAUCCUUCAUAAUAUCUGGCUCAAACAUUCUUAAUGGUGUUCCUAUAUUUCAAUCUUCUCAGUGCUUGAGUAUGUAUCUGCAUUACCUCUAUUAGAAAGUAGUGUUCUAUUGAUAUAAGAGACUAUAUUUAUUUAAGCAUUGCUUUUAUUUUGAAAAGCUUUUUAAAUUAAUUUGAUUAACAAAUGUGCUGAUUUUACUCAACAAAAAGGCCAAUUGUUGAAAUUUUGAGUCUGAAAAUCUUGUAUGCAUUAAGUUAUUUUGUUUUAUUUUUCUGAUUCCUUAACACUAUUAUGUUCAUGUUGCACAUUUCUGAGAGAGUAAAGCUAUGG